AUGGGGGCAUGUCGCGAGGCGCUGACAGCGGCGCGAUGGUGGAUAACGGCCGUCAUAAGUCGACGCGUCCCCGCCGCAGCGGCUUUCGCGUGCGCAAAUAGCGACGAAUCGCAACCCGAUCGCCUGGCUGACGUACCGAGCGGCCGUAGAACGCCCAGCGUUCCCCGCAGAAGUGAUAAGACGAACGUGGCGUACGCGCGGUGCUCUAUUGUCCGCAUGUCGACAUGCACACGGCACGAUGGCUUAUCUCCCAAACUCGAGGGCCAUGUAAAGCUGCCCCGUUUAUCUGUCGGCGACGUGGCG